AACCCUGCAAUCAUAAUAAACUGAAGUAAAGAGGGAGGAGGGAACGUAGAGCAGCAAAGAAUAUAGAAACAUGGGGAGCGGCAAACCUAGUAAAGGUAAGAAGCAGAAGCGGUCAGAGGACAAGGGCGGCGGAGCUAGAAAGACCACCUCCUUCAAAAACCCUAACCGAAUACCUCUUGGUUCUAACAGAGCAAAGACGAAGAAGACCGAGGCAGAAACAGAUAAUGAGAAGAGCAACAGCAAAGAUAUUAAAGUUCAUCCUCUUCUUUCAAACCAUGCUACUGCUUCUCAGCAGCUUAGCUUCUUUCUGGAUCGUUUCCAAUCCGCCAAUGGCUUAAAGCUUUCUUCCCUCGAGCUGGAACCAAUCAAAGAUACAUGCAUGCUGGAGCUAUCUCAGGGCCUGGAGCAAGAUGCUGAAACAUUGAGCGAGCAUGUGAAGGCUGCUUUUGGAACGUCAUGGAAAGAAGUGCUCUAUGAAGGACAGAUUUUAGGGGGCAUUGAUCCUGGAAAUCCAGCAGUUAUUGUAAUCAGUACAUCUGCCAUAAGAUCAUUGGAGCUUCUCAGGGGUUUAAGGCCAUUGACUAAAGAAUGCUGUGGUGCAAAGCUAUUUGCAAAACAUAUGAAGGUGGAUGAUCAGGUUUCCUUGUUAAAGGGCCGUGUCAAUAUUGCUAGUGGUACACCAAGCAGGAUUAAGAAGUUGAUCGACAUGGAUGCAUUAGGGCUUUCCCGUUUGGCACUGAUUGUGCUUGACAUGCACACAGAUGCCAAGGGAUAUUCCUUGUUUACUCUUCCACAAGUCAGUGUUGAGUUCUGGGACCUAUAUAAAACUAAUUUUCACCAGCGAGUGGUCCAGGGUGAUUUACGUAUCUCUCUAUAUGGCCCAAUACCAAUAGGCACCAAGGUGACUACUGGAGUUCCUGAUGAAUGAGUCCAAGGUUGCCAAGGUACCAAUUUUGAGUACUGCUAUUUAUGUAUCAAUCCAUGUAACGCAGCUUACAUUUCCAUAAUGUUUUCUGUUCAAUCAAUUAUAUGUUUUAGGUUUUCACCAUUGCUGUUCAUGCUUAUGUCUUCAAUGUUAGAUAACUAUUAAAGGCUUGAGCCUUGAAGGUGGUGGUGAGGAUUUAUGAUGCAUUUACCUCAUUGGCUGCUGUUAAAGCCAAGUAAAAGGACACAGGCAAUGAGGUAAAUGCAUCAUAAAUCAUCACCAUUCCGCAAUCAA